GCUGACAAUGGUGGGUAUGGGUAUGGGUUCCACAAAGCAUGGCGUUGUGUGGUGCGCCGGCCUGCUCGUCGCCGGGCUUCUCCUCGUGGCGGCUGAGGCAGAUUUAUGCUCCAAGGACUGCCAUGGCAAGACCCAUUUCUUGGGCUGCGUCGGUCGGUGCAGAUCUCAGCUUGAGGUUGCACGGCCGACGAACUGCAUCGCCCUCUGCCAUGGCAAGCCGAGCUUCAUUGCCUGCUGCAAUGGCUACCGGUAUGCCCGACGAGCGCCCAUGCAACUGCGUUGGCCCGGUGGGGAAUCCACAAGGCAUGAAGAAGAAGCAGGCGGAGGAGCAGUUGGUGUCCUGAAGGCGCCGGCCCCGGCGCCGUGUGAAGUGGUCUGCCGUGACCGGGUGGGCUGGGUGGAGUACGAGCGCUGCCUCGAUCGCUGCCGAUGGGGAGCGUUUGUCCAACGAGCGCUGCUUCUUCAUCUUAAGCUUACCGGCAGGGAAUCGGCGACACAUGAAGAAGCAAGAGGAGGAGGAGGAGCAGUUGAUGUUCUCGCGGCGGCGCUGUCGUCCUUCUGCGGCGACUACUGCCGAGCGGAAGAACCCAACGUCGACUACAGGUACUGCGUCCGCCGGUGUGAGUUUGGACCCAGGCGGGCCUCCUCCAUUGCCGGCGGGGAACCAAAGGCACAACAAGAAGAAGGAGAAGGAAGCGGAGGAGGAGCGGUUGAUGUCCCUCAGGCAGCGGCGGUAGCGGCGGCGGCGCAGGUGCAACACCAUGAGGCUGUCACAGGAGCACAGGCGAUGAAAAACACCGACCCGUGCGAUGACUACUGCAUGGAGCAAACUCGUUACUUUCCCAGGCCCGGACAGUUCUUCGAUUGCGUCGAGGAGUGCCACGCUGGUCAUGGCCGGCUCGCCUAUGACUACGGGAAUGGGAUCCAGCCGGCUGCGGUGGCGCAACAUGAGGCUGCUGCAGGAGCGCAGCCGGCGAAUACCGACCCGUGCGAGCCCUACUGCGAAUGGCAUGCUCGGGACUUCCCCGCGAAGUACACAGCCUGUGUGCGCCAGUGCCAGUCCGGUGGGCACCCUGGCGACGUCGGGAACAGGAUCAAGCAGGAACAGCGCAAGAAGCACGACGACAUCCAUCUUCGCCGUGGCACCGGUAGCAAGAUUGCCGUCGAAUAGGACUGCCCAUUUGCCUUUGUUGUAUUGAGCUUAGCCAGCUCUUUUUUUUUUCUCAAAUAAAAGAAUGGUCGGCUACUCGGCACUGCCGGCAUUGUUUGCUUUGCUUCUGUUUGCUAAAAGAAAGUUUCCAUGACUUCUACGGUGAGGUUUUCAGAUUUGGGGGCACAAAUAUUACGUGUA